AGCAACUCAUACAAUCCAUUUAGUCCCUCCCUCCCUCGCUGGUAGCUAAUCCCAUCACCAUAUCAUACACUCAUCACUCAUACACAUACAUGGGCUGAGUACAUGAUCAGUCGACUUCGACUCGAUCGACCAGUUUGCUAGCGGGUGAUCGAUAUGGGGAAGGUGGUCGUCGCGGAGGCCACGGCGCGGCAGGUGGCGUCCUUCGUCCUCGGCGCCGCCGCGGCGCUCACCGUCGUCAUGCUCGUCCAGUACCGGGCGCCGGCCGCCGGGCUCAGCCGCGCCAGGACGCCGGGCCACUUCUCCGGCUUGAGGUUAUCAUCCGACGAACAGCACCACCGCCGUAACGGGACGGCAGCAGCGCGCGCCGUUGUGCAUCAUCGGGCGCCACCGGUCGCCGGCAGUGCUGCCCGAGACGACGAUCGUCGCCGUCCGGCGAACGCCACAACAGUCACAAAGCCCAAUUCUACCUCCACAAGUCAUCUUCCCAGCACGCAUCGCCAUGAAGAAAAGGGAGGGAAGGAGGAGUCGGCGGAGUUCCGGGGGCUGGCGGCGGCGGUGGCACGCGCGGCGAUGGACGACCGGACGGUGAUCAUCACGUGCGUGAACCAGGCGUGGGCGGCGCCGGGCUCCCUGCUGGACCUGUUCCUGGAGAGCUUCCGCAUCGGCGACGGCACGGCGCGGCUCCUCCCACACGUGCUCGUCGUGGCCAUGGACCCCGGCGCCCACGCGCGGUGCCUCGCCGUGCACCGGCACUGCUACCACUACACCAUCCCGGGGCUCAACAUCGACUUCGCCGCCCACAAGUACUUCCUCUCCAAGGACUACCUGGAGCUGGUGUGGAGCAAGCUGAAGCUGCAGCGCCGCAUCCUGGAGCUCGGCUACGGCUUCCUCUUCACCGACGUCGACAUCGUGUGGCUGCGCGACCCGUUCAAGCACGUGACGGCGUACGCCGACAUGACGGUCUCCAGCGACGUCUACUUCGGCGACCCCGACCACCUGGGCAACUUCCCCAACACGGGGUUCUUCCACGUGAAGCCCAACGCGCGGACCAUCGCCAUGACGAAGCUGUGGCACGGCGGUAGGGGCAAGUACCCCGGCGCCAACGAGCAGCCGGUGUUCAACAUGAUGAAGAAGCAGAUGGUGGCGGAGCUCGGGCUCCGGGUGCAGUACCUCAACCCGGCCUACGUCGGCGGGUUCUGCAGCUACGGGAAGGAUUUGGGGAAGAUUGUCACCAUGCACGCGAACUGCUGCGUGGGGAUUGGGAACAAGAUUAGGGAUUUGAAGGGCGUGCUGGGUGAUUGGAGGAACUAUACCAGGAUGCCGCCGUGGGAGAGGCACCGGGCCAAGUGGACCGUGCCCGGCGCCUGCAUUCGAGCGGAAAAACAAGUUUGAUCCAUCAAUUUUGGUUGAUGGAUUUUGCAGUCGUCUGUUGCUUAUAGAGUAGUUUAAUUCUACAUAUAUACUCACUGUGGGGAUGGAGAGAUAGACUAUAGAGUAUUUGUUUGAUAUACCUGUAAAAUGCUCUACAAUGAAAACAUAUACUGUAUCUACUUAUUUCCUGGUUUUUCCUGUUUUA